GACCCGUCCCACAGUCACAGUGCAACCUCAUCAUUAAUUCAACAAAGCGGCCGGAUCUCAAGAACGAGUUAAGGGCAUCUCCAUCUCGUUCUCACCAGUCACCACCAUUGCUCUUGCUCCACCAAAAGCCACCAACCAUGGCGCUUGUGUAGCCGUCCCACGCUUGCUCGUCUGGUCCCGCUCCCAGCAAGCACGCCCGCAGACCUAACAUUUGGAGGCGGUCGCUGCCGGAAGUGAAGAGCCUGCCGGUGCUGCUUGGGGAUCUUUUCCGAGAGCUCCUUGGUGUUGGAUCUGCUAGUUGCUUGCCUUCCUCGGCUAUGCUCUGCUCGGUUGUAUACAGGUUUUCUUCCUAAAGGAUCCGACCCAAGUCACCCAACCAUGUUGUUGGUGACCGGUGUCAUGGGAAGACUACUCCUUAAGCUGGGCGACCUGCUCGCCGGUGAGUACAAGCUACAGAAGGGCGUCAAGGAAGACAUUGAGUCCCUCAAGAAAGAGAUGGGGAGCAUUCACAUUGCCCUUAAAGAGGUGGCCGAGGUACCACGAGACCGGCUUAAUGCGCAGUUCAAGAAAUGGGCAGAUGAACUGAGGGAGCUGUCGUACGACAUGGAGGACGUCGUUGACAACUUCCUGGUGUGCGUUGAGGGAUCUGAUCCAGCACCCAACUCCAACAAGCUCAAAUGGCUAAUGGAGAAGAUGACCGGCUAUUUCACCAAAGCCAACGGUCGCCAUCAGAUCGCCAAUGACAUUAAGGCUCUCAAGAAACUUGCCCAAGAGGUGGCUGCCCGGCGUGCCAGAUGCCAAGUCAGCGGUGCUGUUGUCAAUCCACCUAGCAGAUGCAAGGUUGACCCUCGUAUGCUGGCUUUGUACAAGGAUCAGCAAGAGCUCGUUGGCAUUGAAGCCGGACGGGUCGAGCUAACCAAGAGGCUGGUACUUGGUGGUGAGGAUGUGUCAAAUCAACAACUCAAGAUAGUCUCUAUUGUCGGACCUGGAGGACUUGGCAAGACAACUCUUGCCAAGGCAGUGUACGAUAGUCUUCAAGCGCAAUAUGUUCACAAAGCUUUUGUUCCGGUGGGUCAAAAACCUGAAGUGAACAAAGUUCUCAAGGACAUCCUCUUGGAACUGCGCGUGCGUGCGAGCGAUGUAGCCACAUUGGAUGAAAGACAACUUGUCGAAAAAGUCCGAGAACAACUUCAGAAUGUCAGGUACUUCAUCGUUAUCGAUGACAUAUGGGAUUUGGAAUCAUGGGGAACAAUCAAAUGUGCUUUGUUGGACAACAAUCGUGGAAGUCGAGUAAUCACAACAACUCGCAUUCACGAAGUCGCAGCAAACACGGGUGAUGUCUACAAGCUAGAACCACUUUCUCAUGAUUUGUCUAAAGCACUAUUCUAUAAAAGAUUAUUUGGUGGUGAAGAGAACUGCCCUGAUGAUCUACCUUCUGAGGUAACUAAAAAAUUUAUACAGAAAUGUGGUGGCGUGCCGCUCGCUAUCAUUGCAAUAGCUAGUUUGUUGGUUGGUAAAAGAGUGGAGGAUUGGUCUAUGGUAUACACCUCUAUUGGUUUUGGAUAUGGAGAUACUAGAGAUAUUGAUGACAUGAGAAGGAUACUACUAUUUAGCUAUGAUGAUCUACCUUGUUAUCUAAGGCCUUGUCUAUUGCAUCUGAGCAUAUUCCCAGAGGACGCUUUGAUCAUGAAAGAGACAUUGAUAUGGAUGUGGGUGGCCGAAGGCUUUGUCAGUGAAGAGCGAGGGAGAGGGUUAUUUGAGAUUGGAGAUGGAUACUUUAGUGCUCUCGUAAACCGAAGCCUGAUCUUGCCUGUGGAGAAGAAAGGAAAGAAUGUCAUAUAUGCUUGCCGUGUUCAUGAUAUGGUACUUGAUACAAUUUGUUGGUUAGCGAAGGAAGAAAAAUUUGUUACCAUAGUGGAUGGUAAUGAGAAAUACUCAUCUUCAGAAAGCAGUGUUCGUAGGUUAGCUAUCCAAACAAGAGAUGAUGAGCAGCAAAACCAUUUGGCCAACACAAGCAUGCCAAAACUGAGGUCAUGUUAUGCCAGCAGCUGUCAUAAAAGUAUGAUGCCACCACUUUCAAGCUUUCAAGUGUUACGUGUUCUAGACAUGAAAAACUGCAUAUUUCUGGAAAACUGUCAUCUUAAGCAUCUUGGAAGGUUACAUCAGUUGAGAUACUUGAGUCUGGAGCACACAGAUAUUAGUGAGCUCCCAAAAGAUAUAGGAGAUCUAAAGUUUCUGCAGACACUAGACUUGAGUUACUGCAAGAUAAAAGGAUUGCCGCAGAGUACUAGUUCGCUAAGGAAACUUAAGCGCUUGCGCAUGGUCGGGGAGCCCCUGCGAAAUGUUGGUAUAGCAGUGCCGAAUUGGAUAGGGAACCUGACAUCCCUGGAGGAGUUAUCUUUGAAAAUGAGUGGUGAAUUCUCUACCUUCGUUGAAGAACUUGGUAAGCUGACAGAGCUGAGGGUGCUGGACUGUCAUUUAAGGGGAAGUCUGGAUGAUCGUUCUAAGAAAACUUUUGUGGGUUCUGUAUGCAAACUUAAGAAAAUCCAAAUCCUACAUCUUGAGGGCCUCUAUGGGUGGUCGGAAUUGGAGGCAGAUACCUACUGGGCAGGCUACAGGCCCCCUCGGGAACUCCGUGAUCUGUCAAUAUCGACCAAGUUCAGUAGGCUCCCGGCGUGGAUUAAUUCCUCGCUGCUUCCGAACCUCUCCAAACUAAAAAUGCAGGCUUAUCCUAUGGAGGAGCGGGAUGUGGUCAACCUGUGGGGCUUGCCAGAGCUUCGUAGUUUGAAAGAAUUGUGGAUACGACCAGGGGGCAUGGAGUUCCCUGAUGGUGCGUUCCCCAAGUUGAGGAGCUGUGGGAUAGAUGCACCUUUCUGGUUUCAGCCCGGAAGCAUGCGGAGCCUUGAAUGCAUUACGUUCGGCACCGGGAGGUACUUGAACAAGAAGGAUGCCGUCAUUGAUGUUGACUUUAUUGGUACCCUGGGGAACCUCCCUUCUCUCCGGUGCGUCUUCGCUGAUAUGGACUGCUGGGGUGGUGCCCGUGCUUCUGAUGUGGAGAAGAUGGAGGCAGCGGUGAGGCAAGCAAUAGACAAUCAUCCCAACCGUCCCACCCUUCGACUCAGCAGGCGUGGUGGAGAUCCGAUAAAAGAACCAGCCUCCCCUCUUCUGGAUCAUAAUACCGGUGUUGGUACGUCUGCUCAGCAGGAGGACAACGAAGAAUCCAGCUCCCAACUGACAGAACAAGAGGAACGGAGGAAGUAUGUACGUAGUCCCAUGAAGUUCACGCCCACGCGUCGGAUUCCUCCAAGGCCGCAGACCAAAAGCCCGACGACGAACGCGAAGCCAACGACGUCGUUGACGUUGAUGCAGCGGAGAAGUGCUCAGUCCUCGACGUCCACCCCGGCGGUCCUGUCCCUCGCCUCAGUUUUGGCAUGUCUGCCCCAUCACCAGCGCGCACAACAACCGCCGGUGUCAGUUCCUCUGCUCAGGCGAUCAACGAGAAAGAGGAGGAGGAAGAAUCGCAGGCAGACCGACAGGAGCAGCCGGCCGAGGAACACGAAGAAGCCGAGGACGGGUCAGCAGAGACCCUGCACACAGUCGUCGCCACUAGUCUUGCAGAAAGCAGUGAGGCCGCCGCCGCUACGCCUGCUCCUCCUGUGCCCGCUCGACCGAGGUGGAGGCGUUGGGCGUGCUUUAGUUGCCUCAAGUCCGGCAGCAGUUCUUCUCACUAGUGUGGUGCCGUGCUUCUGAAGAUGGCUCAGGACUUCUGAAUAAUUGCGUUGCCGUGGUUAGUGGUCGGUUGAACUGCACUACUUUUGUUGGAACUUCUUAAACUGUUUGUUGCUAUUGUUUGGCUUGUAAUAGGAUAUUGUGAUGCGCCAGGUCUUUUGCCCCGUAGUCUAUGUUUGACCUAGAUCAAUCAGGCAUAGACAGUGGGUUUGAAUUAUCCUUUCCAUUUACACAUGUUAAUUAGGACCUGCUUAUUUCUUUGUUUGAGGAACGGACUUGGUUGUUUCUGCUAUGCUUAUGCCAAGUAUUGCUAUGCCCAUUUGAGAAAAGAAAA